UCUUUAUCUCUUCUCUUACACCAAAUUAAGGCAUUUAUUUUGCAGGCAUAUAAUUAAAAGAAUGGAUGAUGUGGGUUCUCCUGGAAAUGGAUUUGACGAAAUAAGUGACUUAUUAAAAGAUGCUGCAUCUAAUCUGCCUCAAGAUCUGGGCCUGUUUCUACUCGAUAAAGAUGGGGGUUCAGAUUACGCGUUUGAUGAUUUUGGAAGUUUCAAUGAUGAGCAAGAACAACCUCAACUGCCAGCAGAAGUAGUUCUGCCUGAUUCUUCAGGCUAUGAAGAAUGUCCAGGAAAUCCGAAUGAUUAUUUCAAUUCUUCUUCUACAGCUGAUGCCAACAAUGGCGUCCUUCAUGAUACUACUGGUGCUGGCGAUUUCAAUUCUCCUUCUGGAACUGAUGCCGUCCAGCAUGAUACUGGAGCUGGUGUUGUUCACAAUGAGGAAAUGUUGGAGCUUACAUCCCCGGAAAAUCACCAAAAUGACGAUGGAACAGAGAGCUUAUACACCGGUUAUCUACGCGAAUCAGGUUCUCAGGUUGAUCUGGCUAGUAUUAACUAUGAGGGUGCUCCUAGUAAUGUGGAAUUUGGACUUCCACCGGGAGGGGAAGAAGGGGCAGAAAUGAGGGAUUCUCCACGAGAUGACGAUGCAAUGGAUGAAGAACUGAAUCAGCCUGAAGAUCAUCUUAAUGAAGUAGACAAUGCUGUCCCAGCGCCUGAGAAUGAGAUAGGAGAACUUCACUCUGAUGGUGGAGGAGACAUUAGUGGUUUGAGGGAUUGGGGCAAAGAGCUGGAUUACUCGCUGGCUAUGGAUCAACAGGGGACGUCUUUUUGUCCAAUCCAGGUUCCUCUGCAUCCCAUCAUUUCUGCUUCUGAUGAUGAUGCCGGUGGUGUUAAUCUAGUAGUACCGGAUCAACCGUUUCAGGCCGGUGUACAAGAGAACUCCGAGUCCUCACCGGGAUCAGUGGGAAGGUCUCAGGAGGAUACCCUGGAUGAUCCUGCAAAAAAUGUGGUUACUCCAGAGAUAGUUAGCCCAAGGGUGAAAACUUUGGUGUCUAAGUCACCAAUCAGGCAGAGGAUUAAUGUAAAUGAUAGUCAUCCUGAGCCAAGAUCUCUCCACCGUUCCAGGAAUCGGGAGAAAAGGCCGUCUGAGAGGGAUGAUGAUUGUUUUUUCCAAUCUCCUGGAAGUUCAACAAGGCAUGUCUCCAGGGAAAUACAUUCCAGCUCCCAAAGGAGGCAUAAUCACAAGCCUGAUGAAUUGGCUUCAUCAGGUGGUUUGCGAGAUCACUCUACUUCAGGUAGACGUUCUCCAGCCGCCUCAGGAAGAGCUCGAGCUUCGCGACGUCGCGAUCAUCACAUGGACGGGGAAAGGUCAAGAAGGUUGGAGUCAGCAUCCCCUGUGAGGAGAAGGAAUCCCCGUUCUGGAAGGAAGAGAGAACGUGAUCAUUCCCGAUCAAGGUCACCAUAUCCCGGAGACCGUCAUCACAGGAGGAGGUAUGUCUCAAGACGCAGGUCACCUGAAAGGAGGGGGUAUUCUUCCCGACAUAGGUCUUGGGAAAGGAGACGCUCACCACCACCAGCUUCUUCUUCUAGGGCAGGAAGAGGGACAUGCCUGUUUGUUGCCGGAAUUCCAUUCUCAACUACUGAAAGAGAACUCGGGUGGAAGUUUUGUCGAUAUGGUUCCGUAGUGACGGUUCGAAUUAUUCGGGAAAGAAGGUCGGGGAAGUCGAAAGGAUACGGGUUCGUGACAUUGAGAAAGGAUGAGGAAGCAGAUGCAGCAAUCAGAGCUCUUCACGACACACAAUGGGAUAACCGGCCACUCCUGGUGGCAAAAUCAUACAGGAGGACUUGAAACCCUUUUCUAGACCUUCUAUAUACCUAAUUUAGUCCUGCUGUCUAGCUUGUAACUGUGUUAUUACUUCUAGAACUGUGUUUAAUUACUUGGCUAGCAGCUGGAGUGUAGACUAUAAAUUUAUGAAUGCAGCAACAUUCAUAAGCCUAAUGCC